CUUUCGCGUAUCGCGUCGUCGUCGCGUACAGUGGGUACCCAGUCCUAGAUCCUGACGUGGUUCCUGACGGGGUGUCCUGAUGAGGUCCUGAUGAGGUCCUGACGGGGUCAUGAUGGGGUCCUGAGGGGGUCCUCGUCGUGUACGCGGUGCCACGGCAACUCCCUUCCUUUUUGGGGGGCUGGGCUAGUGGACCGUCAUAGCCGUGGUGAGGAAAGAGGAAAAAUUGGGAUUGUAGGGAGGUAUGUCCGCCCUAUGAGCCUCCUCCCCCACCUCACAGUAUACAUUAAUUGCCCGCCCAACUCCCGCCAUUUCCCUUUAAUUACUCGCAAUGGCAAGCACCGAAGACGCCUUCGACGGCGACGUCUCGAUGGGCGACGUCGCCCCGGCUGUGGUGGCGCAGGAUCAGAUUGAUCCGACCGAGGAUGCGGUGUUGGCUGCGCUGUGGGCGAAGCAGAAUGUGCGCGUGCUUCCUGGGUCGUCGGAUACGGCUGCCAGUUUUGAGUUUACGAAUGAGGAUCAUACACUUGGUAAUGCGCUGAGGUAUAUUAUCAUGAAGAACCCCAACGUCGAGUUCUGCGGCUACUCCAUCCCCCAUCCCUCGGAGCCAAAGAUGAACAUCCGCAUCCAGACGUACGAGGGCACGGCGUUUGAGGCGCUGGAGAAGGGUCUGGAUGAUCUGAUGGAUUUGUGCGAUGUUGUGGCGGAGAAGUUUGUUAGUGAGAGGGAGGCUUUUGGGAGGCAGUAGAGGGGGUGGUGGAGGGGUUGUGAGAUAUGAGGAGAGUGAGAGGAUGGCGUUUGGAGGCGUUUUGUGGGUUGGGUGGUAUGUAAAAGCUGCGUGGGAUUGUAAGGGCGUUUGGAAUAGAAUGUAGAAUGAGAGGAAGAGAAGUAUUUCUGGUUGGCGGUAUGCUUUCAUAUCAAGCAAUUUGAGGAAUCAGCCACACUGGUUAUUAU